UGCACUUUGGCCGCCGCGCAAAAGCGUCCGCGGAAUCGCGUCAUCUGUGAGCUUCCGGACGUUUAUUAUCAUUGUGGAUUAUCGUCGACAUUUUACGAUCGAUACACGUGUAGCUCAUCGAUAACUCAGUUGAAAAUUCAUCGGGAAAUUUUGCUCUGGGAGUUAUCGUUAAACUGGAGCUGAUAGUUUUACUGUACACUGACAACGGUUUAUUCUUUCCUGGUGUUAAUCGUGAUGUAGUGAGAAUUUCCGUAUCGGAGAACAUCCACACAAAUGUGCAUGUAAGAAAAGUUGUUUCAGUGAACAAAAGACGCGCAUGAGAUUUGAGAAGAAAUUACAAUGUCACGUUUCGAGUCUCUGUCUCGAAAAAGUGUUUUUUAUUUGACAAAGAACUGAAGUCUUCGCUAUAGGAAAUACGACAUAGAAAAGACAGUGUACAGUGCGCGCGGGACAAAAGAAAUAAAAACAAAAGAAUUGACGAGUGCAGCAUUGUGCUCGUUACAGUGAAUAACGAUUAACAAACAAGGAUCGGUAUAGUGCAGCGAUCGAGGCGGUAAAAAUGCUGUGUCGCUGGCUCGCCGUCUUGGUACUCGCUGGUUUUCUGCUGGUUAUCGAGGCGAUCGCGGUCAGCCAAGGUACGUUCACUCGCGAUCAGAGAGUCUUAAGCGGAGGUCUUCAGGGAAGUCGCAACGUCAGCAACGCGCCGGCAUUCGACGAAACGAACGUGCCACGAAAUGUCACUACCGCGGUCGGUCAGACUGCCUUUCUUCAUUGCAGAGUUCAUCAACUGGGCGACAAGGAGGUGUCUUGGAUGCGCAAGAGAGAUAUGCAUAUUCUGAGCGCAGGCCGCAUUAUGUAUACGUCGGAUCUGAGGUUCCAGGUGAUACAUCAGGACAACUCGGAGAACUGGACGUUGCAGAUCAAGUCGCCACAAGAGCGCGACUCCGGCGUGUACGAGUGCCAGGUCAGCACCGAACCGAAGAUGUCGCUCAACUAUAGUCUCAACGUGGUCGAAGCACGAGCUAGAAUACUCGGCCCGACGGAAAUUUACGUAAAGACCGGAAGUCUUUUGACGUUGACGUGUCUUAUGUCACAAGGUCCUCAUGACCUGGGAACGGUGGCCUGGUACCGGGGUAAUCAGGCGGUGGUAACGUCACCGCGAUCAGAAAAUGACAUCGAAACUGAGCCCCGCAUAAAUGUCGAGACGGAAUGGAGCGACGCCCUCGCAUCGAGAUUGAGGAUUACGCAUGUGAAGCCCAGUGACUCCGGAAACUAUAGUUGCGUUCCUACCGUGGCAGAGAGAGCGAGUGUCAACGUGCACGUGAUCAAUGGUGAACAUCCGGCCGCGAUGCAGCACGGAAACACGGCAGCCGGCUCGCCCAACUCCAAGACGGUUCUGGUGAUGCUCGCCUUUCUUCUGGGUCAGCUGAGAUAAUGUGCGCGUACACGAAGGUCGCCCGAGACUCGUAAAAUCGAUAAACGCAGCACAACGUGAUUGUCGUCCACACAUCGUUAACUUUAACCCUUCUGCACGGAUCACCCCGAGUUAGAUUCUAGGUAGUCUCAUCAUAGCGUUCACACGCACAUCGUGAAGUAAUUUCAAAAAUUGUGCAAUACAACAAAAUGUUGGAAUAAAAGUUCGAAAUUCAGUAUAAUUUAAAAACGUUACAUAUUUUAUAAAAUAUUUAAGUCUUUUGUACAGAUCUUAUCUGUUUUAAUCUCUGUCGGAGAAAAAGUUUUUUUUCUACUUAUCUUGAACUUCAUUGUGUGUUUGGCCGCUAAGGUGAGAAGCACGAGGAUAAUCUCUGAGAGACAGCUCAUUCGUACGUAAUAAGAGGAAAGCUUUGUGCCUAAGGGUUAAGUACGAAGUGUGUGUGUGUGUGUGUGAGAGACGAUCAUAUACACGGUGUCCCGUAAGUACAGAUUACGCGACGAACUUCUGAGACGCUUUUACUCGAUCGCGAGAACUCGCGAGGAAUAAACUCGGCGCACCGAAACUUUUCCCCACAUAUGUGUUGCAACGUGGCAAAUUGUAAUAUUUGCAGUUGAAACUGUGUGCGAGUAAAACGUUAAAUAGCCACGUAAUUAUAACAAGCGAACCGAGGCGUUUCCACUUCGGAAGCAUUUUCCAGUAAUUGGCGUACUGCGCAAAUAAUAUUUCCAGCGUCAAUUUGCGUCCGAUAUUAAUAAUUACAACGUCAUGUUUAACGACCGUUUCCCCUAAAUAACAAGCAGAUAUCGUUUACUUUUAUUAAUUGACGAUACAUAUCUGUUUUGAGCUUCAACAUUUUUUCCAAUUGUUUAACAGUUUACAGAUAUGCUUUUGUUUUAUAUUGCAUUUUUAAACAUAUUCUUUUAUAAUAUAUCUAUAUAUCUAAAUUGCAAGUAAUGAUGUGACACUAAUUGCGGCGCAAUAUUGCUAACGUCAAUUUUUGCUUGAUUAACAUACCGAUAAAAAGACAUAAUCAUUGGUGAUGUGCAGUAUAUAGUUACUUUCGCGUGGAUAAGCUUCUUUUGCACACCAUAGUCACACAUAGGUAACGAAAUAAGAUAAGAAUAAAAGUUUCCCUAAAUUCGCAAACACUUAAUUAGCAAACAAAUCAAAUGCCUGUUUGAUUUAGCUCGAGAAUUAGUUCACAUUUCUGAAAUUUAGCAGUAAUAUAGUUUUCACUGUCGAAACAACAUGAUGGGCGUUGAAUUGUGGUUUGUACGAAGAACAGUCGAGAAUUCUUGAAAACGGUUUGAACCUCGCGUUGUCAUUUUUAUACUGACGUUUUGUCAUUUUUAUACCAACAUUUCAGUUCACUUCUCAUCAGGAUUCAAGAGCAGCGUGAUAUUUUUCAAGCAAAUGUCUACAAAAACGUCGGUAUAAAAAACUGACACUAAUGCGGUCAAAUUCGAAAACUCCCACUCCCAGGAAUUCUUAUAGCACAUCGCGAAAGCAUCAAAUAUCAAACAAUCGCGAACUUUUAUCAUAUCUACGAGAAUGACGAAAACAUACUACUUGUUAUUCAAAAAUUUCGGCAACGACGAGUUUAAAGUUCUUUAUAUAUAGUUUUUAAUUAAGGAUCUAUGUGGCUCGUGCGAGAAGUAUUAAAAAGGCACAUUGUCGUUGCCGAAAUUCGCGAAUUAUUUCGCCGUGACGUUCAACGGCAGCGCUGCAGUGCGACGUGAGAAUUAACGACAAUGUGUAGAACCGACGAAAAAAAGACGUCAAAAGUCGAGCGCAAGUGUCGCUAGAAAAGAAAGAGCGUGAGAAAUAAAAAAAAAAUGAGAUUUUAAGUCUUUUACCGACUAUAAAGAGAAUUUGUGAGGAAAGUGUUAAAUGUAAAAUAAAUGUGUCACGAGCAAGUUUAACCAAAAAGCGAUGUAACAAAGCAAAGGUGGAGCGAUCUCCGCCCCGUGGCGAAGUACUUUCUACUUACGGCAUAAGUGUUAAAUGAAACUUAAAGCAAAAAAAGCACACACAGAAAAGACAUACACACACGUACACACAAUAUACACACGUACUGGUAAUAGUAGAGAAAUGUAUGUAAACCACGCGACUUUACCACACGUAUGAUUUACACUUACGACUAGCCCGAAAAGAAAACUAUGUUCCCUAUCCGUUCACACCCUUCUCACGAAUAUUGUUUUCACAUGAUUCUCUUGCGAGAAAACGCGCAUUCUUGUACAUAAUGUUUUACUCU